AGAAUGCCGAAAAACAGGGAGAAAUUCACCCCGGAUCCGUCCAUCCACAUAUCCAAGAUGAACGUGAUCAUCCCGUUCUCGCCAGAUGUGCCCUGUGACAGUAACGGGCAGCGGAUGUGGUGGGCUUUCCUCGCAUCUUCUAUGGUCACUUUCUUCGGGGGGCUCUUCAUCAUCCUGCUGUGGAGAACUCUCAAAUACCUGUGGACGGUGUGCUGCCACUGUAACGGCAAGAAGAAGGAGGUCCAUCGGCUCACCAUAGGAGAUGGCAUUAAACGCACCGACAAGGAUGACCCGGCGGCUAGCGAGGUGGGCUGGAUGACCUCGGUGAAGGACUGGGCUGGAGUCAUGAUAUCCGCUCAGACGCUAACGGGAAGAGUCCUGGUGGUGCUGGUGUUUGCUCUCAGCAUUGGAGCCCUUGUUAUAUACUUCAUUGAUUCCUCUGAUCCUAUUGAGUCGUGUCAGAACUUCUACAAAGACUUCACACUGCAGAUCGACAUGGCGUUCAACAUCUUCUUCCUGCUGUACUUCGGCCUCCGUUUUAUCGCUGCCAAUGACAAGCUGUGGUUCUGGCUGGAGGUGAACUCUGUGGUGGACUUCUUCACGGUUCCUCCUGUGUUUGUGUCUGUGUAUCUUAACAGAAGCUGGCUUGGUUUGAGGUUUUUAAGGGCCUUAAGGUUGAUACAGUUCUCAGAAAUUUUACAGUUUUUGAAUAUACUAAAGACAAGCAACUCAAUAAAGCUGGUGAACCUGUGUUCAAUCUUCAUAAGCACAUGGCUGACCGCAGCAGGGUUCAUUCAUUUGGUGGAGAACUCAGGCGAUCCCUGGGAGAACUUCCAGAACUCGCAGGCACUUUCCUACUGGGAAUGUGUUUACUUACUCAUGGUUACUAUGUCCACUGUGGGCUACGGAGACGUGUAUGCAAAAACCACCCUGGGCCGCCUGUUUAUGGUCUUCUUCAUCCUUGGUGGUUUGGCCAUGUUUGCUCGCUACGUGCCAGAAAUUGCUGCUCUCAUCCUUAAUCGGAAGAAAUAUGGAGGGAGUUAUAACUCGACCAGAGGCAGAAAGCACAUCGUGGUCUGUGGUCAUAUAACCCUGGAGAGUGUGUCCAACUUUCUAAAAGACUUCCUACACAAGGACAGGGAUGAUGUCAAUGUAGAAAUUGUUUUUCUCCAUAAUAUUUCCCCUAAUCUUGAGCUGGAAGCCUUGUUCAAGCGUCACUUCACCCAGGUGGAGUUUUACCAAGGGUCCGUCCUAAACCCACACGAUCUGGCCAGAGUAAAGAUUGAAUCAGCUGAUGCCUGUCUAAUCUUAGCCAACAAAUACUGUGCUGACCCUGAUGCUGAGGAUGCAUCCAACAUUAUGAGGGUAAUAUCUAUCAAGAACUACCAUCCCAAGAUCAGAAUAAUCACUCAAAUGUUGCAGUACCACAAUAAGGCCCACCUCCUGAACAUCCCCAGCUGGACCUGGAAGGAGGGAGACGAUGCUAUUUGUCUCGCGGAGCUGAAACUGGGCUUCAUUGCCCAGAGCUGCCUGGCUCAGGGUCUCUCCACCAUGCUGGCCAACCUUUUCUCCAUGAGGUCUUUCAUCAAGAUUGAGGAAGACACAUGGCAGAAGUAUUACCUUGAAGGAGUAGCCAAUGAGAUGUACACUGAGUACCUGUCCAGUGCCUUUGUGGGCAUGUCCUUUCCUGUCAUUUGCGAACUCUGCUACGUGAAGCUAAAGCUGCUGCUGAUAGCUAUAGAGUACAAGUCUGAUCAAAGGGAAAGCAGCACCCUGAUAAACCCUGGAAACCACGUGAAAAUGCAGGAGGGGACCUUGGGCUUCUUCAUCGCUAGUGAUGCCAAAGAAGUAAAGAGGGCACUGUUUUACUGUAAAGCCUGCCAUGAUGACAUCACUGAUCCCAAAAGGAUAAAGAAAUGUGGAUGCAAGAAAUCUAAAAAUAGCUAUAAUGGAUAUAUCAAAUCAAUUGAAGAGGACCAACAGUUGGCAUUAUCGCCUAAAAAAAACAAACAGCGCAAUGGAGGCAUGAGAAAUUCUCCUAACUCGUCACCCAAGAUAAUGAGACACGACCCGCUCCUCGUCCCAGGCAGCGAGCAGAUUGAAAGCAUGGAUGAGAACGUCAAGAAAUACGACUCCACGGGGAUGUUUCACUGGUGCCCGUCCAAAGACAUCGAGAAGGUCAUUCUGACUCGGAGUGAGGCCGCCAUGACAGUUCUGAGUGGUCACGUGGUUGUGUGCAUUUUCGGAGAUGUGAAAUCGGCGUUGAUCGGCCUCCGGAACUUCAUCAUGCCUCUAAGAGCGAGCAACUUCCACUACCAUGAGCUGAAGCACAUCGUGUUUGUUGGCUCCCUCGAGUAUCUGAAGCGGGAAUGGGAGACCCUUCACAACUUUCCAAAGGUCUCCAUUUUACCUGGCACACCGUUGAGCCGGGCAGAUCUGAGGGCUGUCAACAUCAACCUCUGCGACAUGUGUGUCAUCCUGUCAGCCAAUCAGAACAAUAUUGACGACGCAUCACUGCAGGACAAAGAAUGCAUCUUGGCGUCACUCAACAUCAAAUCCAUGCUGUUUGACGACAGCAUCGGGGUCUUGCAGGCUAAUUCCCAAGGCUUCACACCACCAGGCAUGGAUAGAUCCUCUCCUGAAAGCAGCCCAGUCCACGGAUUAGUAAGGCAAACUUCUGUCACCACUGGAGCAAAUAUUCCCAUCAUAACAGAACUGGCACCAUUAGCAAAGCCAGGCAAAAAACUGCCUGUGAUUUCAUUCAGUCAGGAUAAAAGCAGUGGGACCAGCAUACAAAUGAUAACAGAGCUUGUGAAUGACUCAAAUGUUCAAUUCCUGGACCAAGAUGAUGAUGACGACCCAGACACCGAGUUAUACCUCACUCAGCCUUUCGCCUGUGGGACCGCCUUUGCAGUCAGCGUUCUGGAUUCUUUAAUGAGUGCUACAUACUUCAAUGAUAAUAUCCUCACCUUGAUCCGGACGCUGGUAACAGGCGGGGCGACGCCAGAGCUGGAGGGGCUGCUGGCAGAGGAGAAUGCGUUACGGGGCGGCUACAGCACGCCACAGACCCUGGCGAACAGGGACAGGUGUCGCGUGGCACAGCUGGCCUUGUACGACGGGCCCUUCGCCGACCUCGGGGAUGGUGGCUGUUACGGUGACCUGUUUUGUAAAGCCCUGAAAACAUACAACAUGCUGUGCUUCGGCAUCUAUCGGUUACGAGAUGCACAUUUAAGUAGUCAAAACCAGUGCACCAAACGGUAUGUCAUAACUAAUCCACCCUACGCGUUUGAGCUGGUGCCCUCCGACCUGAUAUUCUGCCUGAUGCAGUUUGACCACAACGCUGGCCAGUCUCGAACCAGCCUCUCCCAUUCUUCACAUUCGUCCCAUUCCUCCAGCAAAAAGAGCUCCUCCGUCCACUCUAUCCCAACCUCCAACCGCACCAACCGCACCAAAAGCAGGGACUCACGAGACAAACAAAAAAAAGACAUGGUUUACAGAUGAGCCAGAAAACACCAACCUGAGGACCAUACACAUCAAACCUGUGAAUACUCUCACCGUCAACCACGUCAGUCAGUAUAAAUCCUCAAACAGCUUAAUUCAACCCAUCAGAGAAGCAGAAGACGAGUGCUGAUCCACAGCCACGCGCAGACACCUGAACGCUUGGACUACCAAAGAACUUGCAGGGGGGGUCAGACUGGACUUAUGUAUGGAUUUCUUCACAUCUGCAAACAUGGAUCAUUGAUUGUCAUUAUAAAACGACAAACCAUACUGCUUUUCUCAUUCAAAUGCAGUAAGCUUCUUGUACAAGCAGACUUAAAAUCAUGAAGGACAAUCAUUAUCAGCUUUUAGUUUGAACAGCUAAUCUUUAGCAGUGACCAGACUCCAUUCAGUUUUUGUUCCAUUUUGGGGAAUGAGGGUCACUUCAUGGGAAACAGCUAUGUAAAAACAAUCAUGACAUUUUAAAGAGGAUUAUUAUGAUAACUGGAAGUUUUGCAAUUGUAAAAGUUGCCUUUCUAGCUGUUGAUGAACAACUACUACUGCAUUUACUCUAUCCAGUGUUGCAGAGUUACUCUGUACAGUAUGUUCAAAAUGUGUAUUUUACAUCCUGCUGCGAUCCCACCACAAUGGCACCGUCAGUGACUGACUCUCAGUGACUCCUUUGCCAUUUGGAAGCUAAUUCACAACAUUUGUGACAGUUAAGAAAGCCGGUGUCCAUGUGUUAAUGGCAUUCGGCUCCAGCCUUAUCUCUAUCCAUUUUUAUUUGUCUUAUCUCUGCCUUUUUUGAGUCGUUUGUUAUAAGUGUUUAAAUGUUGCUGUUUGGUUGAAAUGUCCAAAACCCCAGAGAGUUAAGCUUUUCAGUACCUCUGAAGUUUCUCCGAGAGGUAAAAUGUUAGAAAUAUUCUUUGUUUUUUUUAUUGUUGUUGUUGUUUUAUAGCCAAAUAUGAUAGAGCUGUUUUGCUGCAACAGUAGAUUAAAACAAAAGUCUCUCAGUUUCAGUAUAAAGUAUUCAUUUUCAUCAAAAAAUCAUAGACAGCAUUGCAUAAUACUAUGAUAAAGCUUGACACCAUUAUAGGUGAGUUGAAUGUAAAAGCCACAUAUCGCAUGAAGUGGGCAUCUCUAAGUCCUCCCUUGGCUGUAAGCACUGCCUGACACAGGAUUGUCUUGGAGGCCUUUAAGCGCUUUGUUUGAACUCCAUGACCAAUCUUAAUGCCAUAAUCAGACAUGUUCAUGCUUUUUAAAAAAACAGCUCUAUCAUUUAAAAAAAGUUAUUUUGGCUAUGUAUCCACUCAGCCUGUUUCAGUACCAUUCAGAAAUCAAACUGUUUGCUUUUGUUUGUUUGUUUGUGCAUGUGUGUGUGUGUGUGUGUGUGUGUGUGUGUGUGUGUGUGUGUGUGUGUGUGUGUGUGUGUUAGGCCAGAAUGCAAAGCAAAUAGAGGUUGUUAAUCCUGUUCUAUUCCAAUAACACAGCAUAGCUAUAUUGGCACUGUUGUCACUUUACUACGGAUCAAUGAAGAGGAAAGAAAGGUAGAAAAAAACAACAACAUAAGCAAUCCAUUAAAUCCUUUAUCCACAGACGCUGCGUCACAGUCUAGCCUAGGAUUCGUGUUGCGUGUGAAGAGAGAGGUUGUGACAUUUUUACUGGCACAGAGAACAUCCAAGGCAUCCCUCCCUCUGUACCAGUAAUGUGCCAGGCAGUGCCUAAGCCAACGGAGGACUCCACAAGACCCACUGCUGCGAAAAGAGGCUUCUUCUUGAGCUGGAUUUGAGCUCACUUGUCUGAAAUUGUACUCUCAUGUAUGCUUUCCAUCUUCCCCGCUCUGAGACCAUUAUUUUGAAAGGUUGAUUUUAAAUUCUUUAAUUUGAGGCUGCCCCCCCCCCUUCCCUUGAGAUAAGCAGAGCUGCGUUGAAUGAUAUGAAGUCUUAAACUAUUUUUAAAUGACUCAUUGUCAAAAGCAAGGCCUGAUUGCAAUUAAUUUUUAUGUACUCAAGAAAUCUGUAAAGCUUAAUGUGAAAUAUUUCUGUGUAGCGUGUUCUUGUUUGGCAGAUAUUCUUGUAUGUGGGGUUGGGGGAAGUUUCACAUUGCGGACUAGUUUGUAUUAUUUUGUGAUGUUUUUUAGCACUGGACUUGUGCAUACAACGACAGUGCUAAUUUCAUAUUUCUGACUAUGUCAUAAUAUCCAAUAAUGAAUACAGUUUAUUGUCUUGCACAAAUAGGCUUGUACAUAAAAUUGUACAUGAUUUCAUUUUGUAUUUUCACAAAUUAAAAGCUGAUGUAUCGUGUUCUAAA